GUCGCCCUUGGGUGACGCGCUCCCCGUGGCAACGGAGCCGUUGCUAAGGCCGCCAUGGACGCCACGCACCGGCCGCUCGUGGUCCCGCCGCGCCUGGGGCUCUACGCCGAGGAGAAGCGCCUCUUCCGCCUCAUGCAGGUCAUGCUGGAGGGUUUGAUGAUCCACAAACCAGAAGAUCCCAUUGGGUUCCUGAUUGAGCUGCUGAUGCUGGACAAUGAUGACACUCCAAGGAUCCUUCUCCUCGGCCCUCCUGCCUCUGGGAAAACUACCCUGGCGAUGUGGCUGAGCAAGCACCUGUCGGUCCCGUGGCUCUCGCAGGAGACGCUUCUGGCCAGCGAUUGGUCCUCCCUGACAGCCAGCGCACAGGAGUUCCAGGCCAGGAAGGAGGAAAUCCCCGAAGAUCUGUGGGCCCAGCUGCUGGAGGAGCGCCUGAAGCUCCCGGACUGCCUCCACAACGGCUGGAUCCUGGAGGGCUUCCCCGAGACCCGGGACCAGGCCCGGAGCCUGCAGGCCGCUGCCAUCAUCCCCCGGCACGUGGUCGUGCUCUACGCCCCGGACACCGUCCUGAUCGAGAGGAACCUGGGGAAGAGAGUGGACCCCCACACCAAAGAGGUCUACCACACCACCUUUGACUGGCCCCCGGACAAGGCCCUGCAGGCCCGGCUGGUGCCCACCGAGGGCUCCGGGGAGAUGGGCACGGCCCGCCGCCUGCUGGCCUACCACCGCAACUACUACGGGACCCUCCAGUCCUACGGGUCAACCAUGAAGCUCAUCAACGCCGACCAGCCCUGCGCAGACGUCCUGGCACAAGUCCUGAGGCACGUCGAGGCCCCCCCGCCCAGCCACGCGCCCGUCUCCCUCCGGAUCCUCCUCUGCGGACCCCCCGGGGCCGGGAAGACCCUCCAGGCCGCCCUCCUCGCCCAGAAGUACGGCAUCGUCAACGUUUGCUGCGGGCAAAUGAUCAAGGAGGAGGUGGCCGACGGCUCCAAGCUGGGGGAACUCAUGAAGCCCUACCUGGACAACGGGUGGCCAGUGGCGGACAACAUGGUGCUGCGGAUGCUCUCGCAGAGGCUGAACCAGUGGGAGUGCCACGUGCGCGGGUGGGUGCUCCACGGCUUCCCCCGGGACGAGGACCAGGCCCGCGCCAUGCUCCUCGCAGACAUUCGCCCAAACAGGGUCUUCUUCCUGAGCAUCUCAGCUGACAUCGCCGUCCAGCGCCUGUCUUACCGCAGGGUGGACCCCAUCACCGGCGAAAGGUUCCACUUGCUGCUCCGCCCGGCUUCGCAGAGGGAGGUGCACGAGCGGCUGCGCCAGCACCCGAGGGACACGGAGGAGGCAGUGCGGCUGCGCGUGGAGCGGCACCAGCGCCUCUCGGGGGGCCUGGAGGCCUUCUUCCAGGGCGUCGCCCCCACCGCCCUCCUCAACGCCGACCAGGACCCCCAGACCGUCUUCGAGUACAUCGAGAGCUACCUGGUGCAGCCCCCCACCAUCUCGGCCGGGCCCUGAACCCACCCUGCGGGGACCCCGGUUGGUCGGGUUAAAGGCAAUUGCGUCUCAGAUCAGAGGCCUCGGGCCCUUUUCUGCCUCUCGAAUCCAUACGGGAAAAGACGCGACAAGGUUGGGGAAGGAAAAGGGAAGAAGGAAGGAAGGAAGGAAGGAAGGAAGGAAGGAAGGAAGGAAGGAAGGAAGGAAGGGCAUGCUGGAAUCCGUCCUGAGUCCCCUCGGGGAGAGAAGGUGGAAUAGAAAUAAAGUAUUGUUGUCAUUAUUAUUA